AUGUGUAAUCCGCAUGCUGAAACUGAACCAAUCGGAUUCAAGCGGCUCUGCAGACGAGGAACGUUUCAAGUUCUUGAUCUGCGAUGUUUAUGCUGGAAGAUUAUCGCUCGUUUGAUGCAUGUCAAGGAUCUCCGUGCACAAGGAGUUACACUCGAGUUGCCCAUUAAUAAACCGAACAGAGGGCAUGUUCAUGAUGUAGCUGCUGUGUACUUUGUUCAACCCACUGAAACCAACGUCCAGAGAAUCAUAGCAGAUACUUCCAGAUCUCUCUACGAUACCUUUCAUUUGAAUUUCUCGUCUUCUAUCCCCCGCCCACUCCUUGAAUAUCUUGCUUCAGGGGUUCUAAGUUCAGGUGGUUCCGUUGAAAGGAUUGCAAAGGUGCAAGAUCAGUAUCUUGAGUUUGUGACUUUGGAAGAUAACUUGUUUUCUUUGGCACAAAAAUCUGUCUAUCUUCACUUGAACGAUCCAUCAGCAACAGAUAAGGAGAUUGAGGAGAUCAUCGAAAAGAUUGUGAAUGGCCUCUUCUGUGUCUUGGCAACGCUUUGUGUGGUGCCUGUAAUCUGCUGUCCUCGUGGUGGACCAGCAGAGAUGGUGGCAUCUUCAUUGGAUCAGAAACUGAGGGAUCAUCUUUUGUCCAAGAACAAUCUGUUUACCCAAGUUGCUGGCUGUGGUUUCAUGAGUUCGUUUCAGCGGCCUUUGUUGUGCAUUUUUGAUAGAAACUUUGAACUCUCGGUCGGGAUUCAACACGACUUCAGAUACCGGCCUCUUGUUCACGAUGUUCUGGGUCUAGAUCUCAACAGUUUUGAAUUGCCGGGUGAAAAAGGGGUGAAGAAUAAAACAUUUGUAGACAGCUCAGACCCCUUUUGGUCUGCCAACAGUUUUCUAGAGUUUCCCCAAGUCGCUCUGGAGAUCGAAACUCAGUUGAACAAGUACAAGAAAGACGUGGAGGAGGUUAACAGGAGAACGGGCGGUGGGAGCGGCAGUGCAGAAUUUGAUGGUACUGAUCUGCUUGGGAACACCAAGCAUCUGAUGAAUGCUGUGAACUCGCUUCCAGAGUUGACAGAGAGGAAGCAGGUAAUUGACAAGCACACAAACAUAGCGACCGCUCUCCUAGGAGAGAUCAAGGAGCGAUCUCUGGAUGUGUACACUAUGAAAGAGAGUGACAUGAUGAUAAGAGGAGGCAGCUUAGAGAGGAACGAUCUUCUAUCUGUUUUGAAGGGGAAAGGUACAAAGAUGGACAAGCUGCGGUUUGCCAUCAUGUACCUAAUAUCCUCGGAAACCAUGAACCAACCCGAAGUUGAAGCUGUGGAAGCAGCACUGCGUGAAGCUGAGGCCGAUACAAGCGCGUAUCAGUAUGUGAAAAAGAUCAAGUCGCUGAACGUUUCUUUGGCAGCCUCGGCAACCUCAGACAGUAGAAGCAACAUUGUUGACUGGGCGGAGAAGCUUUAUGGUCAGUCAAUAAGCGCCGUCACUGCAGGAGUCAAGAAUCUCUUAUCCAGUGAUCGGCAACUGGCUGUGGCACGGACUGUUGAAGCCUUAACCGAGGGAAAGCCAAACGCAGAAACGUUUUCAUACCUGAUGCUGGACCCGAGAGCUUCAAAGUCAGGUGCUAGUAGCACCCAUGUGAAGGGGCCGUUCAGAGAAGCUAUAGUUUUCAUGGUCGGUGGGGGUAACUACAUCGAAUAUAACAGUUUGCAGGAGAUCACGCAGCGCCAGGGGAUGGUCAAGAACAUUAUAUAUGGAGCCACAGAGAUCCUUAAUGGAACUGAGCUUGUCGAGCAGCUCUCGCGCUUGGGACAGAAGAUGGGACUGAAAUAG